AUGGAAACUCUCCCUAUGGACGUCGCUAUAGCGUGUAGCCCAGAAGAUAUCCAUUCCGUGACAGACAGAGACGAGUUGGAAGACAUUGCUACAGUUGGAGCAGAGCAGAACGUGCGAUGGUCGUACUGGGACGUAUCCAUCGCCGAGCGGACGGUUAGCUAA